AUGACUACAAUUGGUGCCGUUCAGACCAAAAAUUGGGAGGCCAGCAAGGUGGGUGGGUCCUCAAGCUAUGGUCUUAAUCUUGCUGCCAACCCUAGCUCGUACAAGAAUGCCACCUUAACCUUCUUUAUGUCGACGGCGGAAGGAGAAAUCAUCGCUCCGACGCAAAGGAGCCUUCUGCGCACGGGAGAACGGCUGAAAUAUGCCGGGAAAUGUGUAUUUGCCACAAAUUACUGGUUUACCAGACAUCUACACGUCGUCUCGACGGGAUCAACAUCGGCACGGUUUAUAGCUACUCCAAACAUCUUUUGUGUCACUGCCAUCUCUUUGUGACUCCUACCAAAUGCGAGCUAGUUGGCAAUCACGACUGCUAACUGUUUCUGAG